AUGACCACGACGCAGGCCGUCCUGGUGGCCAUGUCGCCGCUGAUCCCGCGCAAGGGGCCGGAAGCGCGCAAGAAAGCUCUUGAGCGUGUUGAAUCAGACCUAGCCGAUGUUGCGGGCGCAAAAACCCAGCCAGACACCAAAUCAUCUAUGGUGUCGGCGCUGUUGGAAACUGUCAACGGCGAAAUCAAAUCCAAGUCGACUCAGCCGAAACCUCCUUCACCACAAAAGCGGUCACCCAUCAGGGAAUCUCCGAGCGCUCAACGCCCCAUCAGACAGUCACCUUCACGGCGGCAACACGGAAGCUCUCCCUUAGCCAAGAAGUCGACAGGGGUGAGGACGGCAGGAGAAUCCGAUGCCGGGAUCUCCUUCGGAGACAAGGCUUCCUCCGACUACGGGGAUGACGACUUCGACGACGAAACGUUACUGGGGCUUGAUGCGAGUAUUCCGGUGCAGGAAGACGACUCUACUAUGGUCGUGUCCGUGGAUGAACUGAACCACCAACCCCAGCCCCCACCAAAAGUGGCUGACGAUGAAUUUGGUGAUUUUGAUGAUGACUUUCUUGACGGGGCUGAAGAGUUGGUAGCCGAGGUAGAGGCAAAGCAUGCGUCUCAAAAUCCCUUCCACGGACAACAGCAUAAAUCUGCCAAUGCUUGGAUCGACGAUAAUGCAUAUGGUGACGAUUUUGACGAUGCCGACUUCGAUGCCGUCGGACUGGCAGCGACACAGGCCACUGCCCAGCCCUUCUCGACCAAUCCCCGUGCUGACUCGGCUCAGAUCCUCCUUGUACAAGCCGAGAGAACAAACGCUGUCAAGACGGUUCAUCUGAGAAACGACUGGUACGACGAGACGGAGGCCAGUCCCAAAGCCUACGUCCAUAUUAUCGGCAAUUUCGAGUCUUCUGGUAGAUGUAUCAUUGACAACAACCACAAUACCCUCAUCUUACACCCCGACCAACUGGUCUCCUCUACCGUCGUCGCCGAUUCUUUCACCUGCGCACGCCGUGCUGUUCUCCAAGACCGGGUGAAAGCCACCAGCGAGUCAACCCCUCCGAACACGUCUGGUCUCCCCAUGUACGGCCUGAAGGGGAACAUCGAUGCUACCGUGCAGGUCACGAUGCGGGACGGGAAAAAGUCUCAGACCUUGACUGUCCCCUUUGAGGUCAAGACUGGAAAGAACGCCACAUCAAACCACCAAGCUCAGACCAUGCUGUACAAUCUCCUCCUUUCGGAUCGAUACGACCUCGAAAUCGUCUAUGGCGUUCUGUAUUACAUGGAAACCUCGCAGACGCUACGCAUCCCCGCCAUUCGGUGCGAUCUGCAGCAUAUGAUUAUGCAGCGGAACAAGUUGGUGCUAUGCCCUAGACAUCGUGCUUCUUCUAUCACAAGCUGGCCGACGGCUGUAACGGUGAGACCAUUGGGUUGGGCGUCAAUUCUUGACGAGUUAGUUAAGCAUCUAACCCCGACGCAUCGGGAUUUCUUCUUGAAGUGGGAGGACCUCCUUACUAAGGAAGAAAAGGAGAGCCAGAAGUUGCGUCGAGAACUCUGGACGAUGGUCAGCACGGAGCGCGAGAAGUUGGGUCGCUGUUUCGCCAAUGUUAUCAUUGAAGAAGGUUCUGCAUCCGAAGACAAACAGCAAGUCAAGAUUAACCGCUUUUCUUACACUUUCAUCAAGGAAGAACUCGGCACCAGGGUUUCUCUUUCAUGGACUCGCAGCUUUCUGUCGGAGAACCCAUUGUGGUAUCGUGACGAGCAGGGCCACUUCGCACUCGCGCUUGGUUUCGUGACAGCCGUCAAGAAGCAACGGAUCAGCGUCGCUGUGGAUCGACGGCUUCACAACGCACGCAUUCGGCAGCCGGGUUUCAACGAGGUGGACAAUCAGGUGUUCGCAAGUAUCAUGGAGGUAGCCCCUGAGGGCGCGAGGGCAGAACAGGGUCAGGGUAAAAUCAAGGAGGCGCCGAUUCGUUACCGUCUUGACAAGGACGAGUUCAGCAACGGGAUGGCCACGGUCCUAUUAACGUCGUACACGCACACUGCCGUCGACAAUAUCCUGCUCAAGCUUAAAGACGACAAGAUCCCGAUCCUACGGCUGGGUACCCCUGCCAAGGUCCAUCCAGAAGUCCAGAACUUCGCGACGCUGGCCAACGAGCGGAAGAAGUCGUUUGAGGAGAUACGAAGCGCCUGGCACGACACCCCAAUCGUAGCGACAACCUGUCUGACUAUCAGCCAUCCUGUCUUCAACGAACGCACCUUCGACUACUGUAUCGUGGACGAGGCUUCGCAGAUUACGCUUCCUAUUUGCCUGGGUCCCAUUCGGAUGGCACGAACGUUCGUCCUGGUGGGCGACCACAACCAGCUUCCUCCGCUCGUGCAAAACGAAGAAGCUCGUCUCGGCGGCCUCGAUAUUUCUCUUUUCAAGCUACUAUCCGACACACACCCACAAUCUGUUGUCAACCUCGAGCACCAAUACCGCAUGUCCGAAGACAUCAUGACGCUCUCCAACACCCUCAUCUACAACGGCCGCCUUAAAUGUGGUACCGAAUCCCUCCGCCAUGCUGAACUGCACGUCCCCAACAUGGACGCUCUUCGCGCGCGGCACUUUGACGCCGCCUCCUUCAUCUCCCACUCGCAAUCCCAAUCCAAACAAAACCUGAGCCCCUCCAAACCCCGCCCAACCACCUUCUGCCCUGCGUCGCGCCUCGGCUCCUGCUGGCUAACCGACCUCAUCCACCCGUCGGCCCGGGUCCGCCUCGUCAACACAGACGCCCUCCUGCCCCACUCCCUCGAGCAGGCCAAGGGCAACCGCAUCGUCAACCCGUGCGAGGCGCGCGCCGUGGCCCAGCUCGUCGACGCCCUCCUCGCCGUCGGCGUCCCGCCGUCCGAGAUUGGUGUCGUCACGCACUACCGCUCGCAGCUCGCGUUGCUGAAACACACCCUCCUGCGCUCGUCAUCGGGGGCCGGCGGCGCCGCGCGCGACGUCGAGAUGCACACCGCCGACCGCUUCCAGGGCCGCGACAAGUCGGUUGUCAUUCUGAGUCUGGUGCGCAGCAACGAGCAGUGCGCCAUCGGCGAGCUGCUCAAGGACUGGCGCCGCAUCAAUGUCGCCUUCACGCGCGCCAAGACCAAGCUGCUUGUGGUUGGGAGCAGGUCCACGCUUGGUCGCUGUGGUGUGGGCGAGAUGCUGGCGAGGUUUGUGGGGCUCAUGGAGGAGAGGGAGUGGGUUUAUGACCUGGACGCGGGGGCGCUGGACGCGCAUCUCUUUAGUGAGGAUGGUGGCGCCACGCAGGUUACGGUCAGUGGGAGUGCUACGGCGGGUAGGGGUGCUGCUGCUGCUGCUGCUGCUGUUGAUGAUGAUGUAGGGGAGGAUGCGUUUAAGGGGUUUGCUCCGAGGAAGGGGUUGUUAUUCCCUCCGAGAGGGGAAGGUGGUGCGGUCAAGGGCAAGGAAAACAAACCGUUGAGCCAGAAGGGAAGGACGGUGGAACCAAAAAAGGCGGCGAGGAUUGGGGAGCGCGCUAUGCUCAGGGGAAAGCCGGUGUUGCGGGAUAUUUUGAACGAUAUGAUGGAUGGCGGGUAUUGA